AUCCGGCAAAACAAUAAGGAUCAACUGGAGAUAGUCAUCUACUUAAAAAAGGCUCGUUAUGUGGCUAUGGACGAUUGUGAAUCUAGUGCUUGUUUACUCGAUAACCUGUGAUUCCAUACUCAAAGAGGAUUCAGUUAACAGUCACCAACACAGCUACAAGAGAGACCUGGAGGAUGAUUUGACCAAGAACUCCAAAGACUGGUCCGUAACCCUUGGAGAGCACCACUUAAAGAACACUGACUGGUUUGAACAGGCAAGAUUAGUGAGCGCCAUCUAUACGCACCCAAACUAUGAUGCUGCUGAGGUUAAGGCACUGAACCAAGAUACACUGGUAACAGAACCGCCCGACUAUGACUUAGCUUUGUUACGUCUUUCCAAACCAGCCAAUCUCAACGAGUUUGUAUAUCCAAUAUGUCUUCUACCUGAAGGAGCUAAAUUUGAAGAAGGAAAGGAAUGCUACGUGACAGGAUGGGGGCAUACUAAAUGGCAAGGGCCCAAAGCAAUCGUGCUGAGAGAGGCCAAGGUACGUUUAGUUCACGGGGAUAAAUGUAACGCUGCUAAAUCGUACAAGGGUCAAGUCACUAGUAGGGCUUUGUGUGCUGGAUUCGAGGAAGGUGGAGUAGACGCAUGUCAGUACGACAGCGGUGGACCGUUGGCAUGUGAAUACGAUGGGCGAUGGUACCUUACCGGUGUGGUGUCGUGGGGACAUGAGUGUGGGCGACCCCGCAAGUAUGGUGUUUAUGCAGACAUGCAAGAAAUGAACCAGUGGGUCCUGGAUACCAUUGCACAACAUGAAGGUCAAUAAUCUUGCUUGACGUUGUCUCGUCUUUUACACUGGUUAACUAUCCAGCUGAUCUGAGAGAAAUUGUUAGCCAAUCCAAUCGAGAAACCUUGCAAAACUAAAGUGUCGCACCUUUUCUCUUGAAAUUUUGAUUUCCAGACCACCGAAUGAAGAAAAAAACGUUAAGAAGUGCUUGAUAACAAUGACACAAUAUUUAAUGAUUUUGAUUUUUUUAGUCCAAUAACGGGUACGUUUUUAAUUUUCGCUGGUCAAUUUUCACAGACUUUAUGACACCUCAGCUUCGUAGUGACAUCAUUUCUACUUCACUAUUUCAUAUCAGCUGGAUGGACUGACGUUUCCAGACAAACAUUCCGACAACGAUUCCUAAAGACUCAAUAGGAGUACAAAAGGACGACAUUUCCUGACUAGGUUAGUGACUUCUUAAAACCUCGAAAAUUAUAAACCCUAUGUCAUGUUGUCUGCAUUUAUUUACACAAAUAAAUUUUUAGAAUUCCUUUCUCUGGCAAAUCGCAUUUAAAAUCAUUUUCGUAAUAAUUUUUAGCUUAAAAUACAUAAAAAUAGGCUGGAAUAUCCGUGUCUAUUCCUCGAUCCAGUUCUCCAAGUCGUUAUUUGUCGUAACUUGUUUUCUAAUUUCCCUAGAUUCUCAAGUGUAUUAGAAAACAAUCUUCCCUAAUAAGGUGAUACUUAAGUCUU